AUGGCUAACCAUAUGAGAACGAGUCGCUGCUUCAACGACUCGGAGCUUCAGAGGCAUGAAGUAAAGCAAUGGGGUGGAAGAUGCGCGAAGUACACAUCCUGCGAGGCUACGGGCAUUACGUAUGGCUUUCUCAUCACCGUGCCUUUCAUGAUUUACAUGACAAAGGGAGAGCGUUAG